AGUAUUGUGGGUCACACUGAGCCGUACACUAAACUGUGCUGCAAGGGCUUCUGCAUAGACAUCCUGAAGAAACUGUCCCGCAACAUCAAGUUCUCCUACGACCUCUACCUCGUCACCAACGGCAAGCACGGGAAGCUGGUCCGGGGGAUCUGGAACGGGAUGAUCGGCGAGGUGUUCUACAAACGGGCAGACAUGGCCAUCGGCUCGCUGACCAUCAACGAAGAGCGCUCGGAGAUUAUCGACUUCUCGGUGCCGUUUGUGGAGACAGGGAUCAGUGUGAUGGUGGCUCGGAGCAACGGGACCGUCUCCCCCUCUGCUUUUUUAGAACCGUACAGUCCGGCGGUCUGGGUGAUGAUGUUCGUCAUGUGUCUGACGGUCGUGGCCAUCACGGUCUUCGUCUUCGAGUACUGCAGUCCGGUCGGGUAUAACCGCAGCCUCGUUACUGCUAAAGAUCCCGGAGGUCCCACCUUCACCAUCGGAAAAUCGGUGUGGCUGCUGUGGGGGAUCGUGUUCAACAACUCCGUCCCCAUCGAGAACCCCAAGGGCACCACCAGUAAGAUCAUGGUCCUGGUCUGGGCCUUCUUCGCCGUCAUCUUCCUGGCCUCCUACACGGCCAACCUGGCCGCCUUCAUGAUCCAGGAGCAGUAUAUCGACACCGUGUCCGGCCUCAGCGACAAGAAGUUUCAAAAGCCACAGGAGCAGUAUCCUCCGUUCCGCUUUGGUACGGUACCAAAUGGCAGCACCGAGCGCAACAUAAGGAGCAACUACCCAGAGAUGCAUGCCCACAUGGUCAAAUACAACCAGAAGGGAGUGGAGGAUGCCCUCAACAGCCUCAAAACAGGAAAACUGGAUGCUUUCAUCUACGACGCGGCUGUGCUGAACUACAUGGCCGGCAAAGACGAAGGCUGCAAGCUGGUGACCAUCGGCAGCGGGAAGGUGUUUGCUACAACCGGCUACGGCAUCGCCCUGCAGAAGGAUUCGCGCUGGAAGCGACCCAUCGACCUGGCGCUCCUGCAGUUCCUGGCCGACGGCGACACCCAGAAGCUGCAGACCGUCUGGCUCACGGGCAUCUGCCGUAACGAGAAGAAGGAGGUGAUGAGCAGCAAGCUGGACAUCGACAACAUGGCCGGGGUCUUCUACAUGCUGCUGGUGGCCAUGGGCCUGAGCCUGCUGGUGUUCGCCUGGGAACAUCUGCUCUACUGGAAACUCCGGCACUCCGUUCGCAAAUCAGACCAACUGGACUUCCUGCUCGCCAUCAGCAGGGGCAUCUACAGCUGCUUCAAUGGGGUCGAGCACACCGACCGCAACGGGAGCAUGCAGAGUCCGGACGUUACGACCAACUACACCCAAGCCAACAUGCUCAAGAUGCUGAGGACGGCCAAGGACAUGGUGUCCUCUGCCCGAGUGGAGAACUCCCUGGACAGCGCCACCAAGACCAUCGAGACCUGGAGCCGGCGCGGCGCCGAGAACGUGCGGGCGGGCCUGCCUCCCAGGAUCAUGACCACGGACGUGACCCACUGCCGGCUGCCCUACAUCUCUAGCAUCACAGACAACCACUCCCCGUACCCCCAGAGGGCCAUGACGCCCACCUUUCCGCUUCAUUACGGGGAAACGUCCACCCAACCGCUCCUGGAGAAGCCUAAGAUGGUGACCCGUCCCACGCCGCUGCGGUACACGCUCCCCGCCCGCAGCAGUCAGCACAUCUUGGAGAGGACGCUGCCCAUCUCCAGCCUCAGCAGCCCACACAUCGCCAUCAGGGACCCCGCUCCCCCCGGAUCCUCAAACCCCCACCAGGGCCGGCUGUACGUGGAGAACCAGGCUCGGCACCCCGCCUCCCCUUUCGUCCCUUACAGGGAGUUCCAAGUGCCCGAGAUCUACAUGGAGCACAAGGGGCCUCUGAGGAGGAAGUUCAGCUACCCCCCCGACUGCAUGAGCCGCCGGAGGAAGUCCUUCAGCUACGUGUUCGAUGCUGCAGACGGCAGAGUGAGGGGAGACUACGACGAGCCUCGGUCCUGCUUCGCCGAGCUGAGGGCCAACCACCUCCUGCACAACCACGCCCCCGAUCCGGCCGCCAUGGCCUGCGGCGCCGGUCACUACCCCGGCGGGAGCCCCUCCUGCAACUCCUGCAUGAAGUCCUACCUGGAGCCCGAGAUGGACGACGUACCGCUCCUGGGGAAGGACAAGCUAAACCGGCGGCCCUCGUUCCUCAAGGCCACGUGGGGCAAUGACAGAAUCCAUCAGCUGGACGAAACCAAGCCCUCGACGUCAACGUCCUCCAACCCCCGGGCCAUGCCCGACCUGUUUCCACGGAUUGUGGCGCCCAAGCUAAGGCCUCAUAAGCUAUACGGCAGUCUGGGGCACAACCUGUCCUGCUACCCCGUGGCGGCCGAGCCGGCCUACCUGGACCCGGCUCACAUGGGCUCCUACCCCUACAAGCAGAAGCUCAAGUACUCGGACUCCACCCGGCUUCCCUCCUACAGGGAAGCCAUCCUGCAGAACGCCGCUGCUCUGCGCCGCUCCUCGUCCACGGUGGUGCACAGACAUUACUCCACCUACCUGAACUCAUACACGGACCUACCGGUGUACGUGGGGCCGCUGGCUCAGGGGCCGCCCCAGUUCUACGACGGCUCCAAGGACGUGUGCCACUUGUUCCCCUGUACCAGACACUGCCCGGACAACGCGGCCAUGCUGCCUCCUCACGACAGGCAGGUGGUGUACCACGACAACGUGUUCGGGGCCUACGACGGCCCGGGGAAGAGGGAGGACCUGGGUUCCGGGGGCCGGGAGAGGCGGCAGGUGCUGGUGGCGCGGAGAGUCAACAGUCCCUACGUGCCAAAGCCCUGGGGCCGGGUCUCCAGCCUCGAGUCGGAGGUCUGAACCCCCGUCUGGACUGGUUCGGGCCCCUCCGAGGCUCAGGUCAAAGCAAAAAUUAAACUCUACACCGACAGUGUACUUGAGAGGGCCCGCUCUCAGUUAUCAGUGCAAUAAUACUCCCAGCAGGAAACUGUACAACGAGGAGAGACUUCAGAGCCGACUACUGCUGGAACUUCGUAAACCAAACUCAUAAUAAUAGUCAAACAAGUAUAAAAACGUUAAAAAGUAUUUAAUACAUACAAAUUUAACUCGUUGAUUGUUAUUUAAAGGAUUUUUAAACAAUGUGUUGCUAUGUGAAAGAGUUCUGGGAGACAAUAUACUGUAGCCUCUCAAUCUGACCACUUGAGACAUUUACCCCCAAUCCCCCCCUCCCCGCCCACACUUCUCAACUAUCCACC